AUGCGUGGCAUAUUGACCGGCCGGCAAGCCGAUGAGCUGCACAAGUCAAUCAUUGCGUAUCUCUCGGCAAAUAACUUAUCCUCUGUUGCCACUACCCUACGGACGGAAUUAGGCCUCGGAGAAGAUGCCUUUGAUUCGGAGACGGCAACAAAGUAUCAAACGCUGCUGGAGAAGAAAUGGACCGGUGCAGCCCGGUUACAGAAAAAGGCUAUGGACCUCGAGUUCCGAAACAACGCCUUACAGUCCGAGGUAGACAACGCAGCAACUGCGUCUCUAAGCAAGCCCCAGGACCCCGCGGAGUGGCUCCCCCGGUCACCCCCUCGAUACUUGCUCGAAUCCCACCAAGCAAUCGUCAACUGCAUAGCCUUCCACCCGGCAUUUUCCGUCCUCGCCUCCGGCUCCGACGACUACACCAUCAAGAUCUGGGACUGGGAGCUGGGCGAGCUGGAGCGAACCCUCAAAGGCCACACCAAAGCCGUGCUAGACGUCGACUACGGCGGCCCAACAGGCGGCAUCCUCCUCGCGUCCUGCAGCUCCGACUCGACCAUCAAACUCUGGGACCCAGCCGACGACUACAAGAACAUCCGCACGCUAAGCGGACACGAGCACAGCAUCAGCGCGGUGCGCUUCGUGCCCGGCGGAAUCCCAGGGCACACCAACCUGCUCGCCAGCGCCAGCGGCGACAAGACCCUCCGGCUCUGGGACGCCACCACGGGGUUCUGCAUCCGCACCUUAACAGGCCACACCGGUUGGGUGCGCGACGUAUGCCCCUCCCCCGACGGCCACUACCUCCUCUCCGCCGGCAGCGACCAAACCGCCCGCCUCUGGGCCAUCUCCCCCACCACCACCCCCCAAACCAACCCAGACAACACCAACUCCACCAACGACGACAACCUCCCCAUCCUAACAGGCCACACCAACGGCAUCCAAACCUGCACCUUCGCCCCCCCCUCCACCCACCCCUACCUCGCCGCCCUCGCCAACCACAAAAAACCACCCCCCACCACGGGGGCCACGGCCACUUCACCACCAGCAUACGCCGCAACUGGCUCCCGCGACAAAACAAUCCGUCUCUGGGACACCCGCAGCGGGACCUGUUUCGCAACACUGGCGGGGCAUGAUAACUGGGUGAAUGGGGUGGUGUUUCAUCCUGGGGGUAGGUAUCUGCUGUCGGUGGGGGAUGAUCGGACGUGUGUGAGGGUGUUGGGGGGUGGGGUGCAUGGGGGGUUUGUUACGUGUUUGAGGUUGGGGGGGGAGAGGGGUGGUGAGAGGGGUGGUGAGAAGUGGGGGGAUGAUGGGGUGCAGAUCCGGGGGGUGGUGGCGACGGGAGAAGGUCUCUACAUUGUAUCCAACCCCCGGCUACGUGGAUCCUCUAGUUGA